AUGCAUAGUGGGUUCAGCUUUGAUAAGCUCAAGAACAAAGUAGCGCACCAUCGACAUUCGCUAGACCAUACGGGCGACGAGUUGAGCUUGACCAAGUCGAACAGGAGCCACAGCUUGGACCAUACCCAUGACCAGUUUAGAUUCCAGAAGAGUUUGACCCCGCCCGCGCAAGAGCCAUCGAGGCUAAGAUCGUCGUCGUUUUCGCUCGUUAAUGGCAUUUCCGCGUCAAAUCAAGCAAGCGCCGCAAAUGCGGCUACUAAUUCCACUAGCACUGCCGCACGUAGGGAGUCCACCUCCAGCUCCCUCCACGGGCUACAUCUACCCCGAUCCAGAUCCAGAUCCAGAUCUCACUCUGUUGUUCAUUCCAAAACGCUAUCGCCUUCCAACAUUUUCCGAUCGAAAACAAAAGAACUAAUCAAACACGAAACGGCCCAGGUUAUUCUGAAGAAACUAUUGCAUGAAUUGACGGAUUUGGGGUUGCAGAAUCCCAUCCCGUUGAAAACGUCGAUCCAGGGCUCAGUAGCCAAGAGCGUCAAAGUUUACGUUUCCAACACCAAUGACUGCAUCUAUCUCCCGCCAGCGUCAUCGACUAGUUUCACAUAUGAGGAUGUGGAAAAUGGAGGCAUGGCUCAGCAAGAUGAAGAGUCCGACGUUGAUGCAAGCCCGUUGACUCCGGAAUCUGCCGAUUUCAACCCAAGGACAACUCCGCGCACUUCAUUCAGCACCGACUCCUCCGAACACCAUCCAUCGGCAUCUUUACACCAACAGAUGAAGGCGUUUCGUGCGCCAAAUUACCUUUGCACCAAGAUUGACUCCGAAUACCCCAUACCGCAUACGUUUGCCGUUAUUGUGGAGCUCAUCAAGGACCAAACGACCAUCAAGGACUUGACAAUCAGGUUUCAAUCGUUGACCCAAAUCCUAUGGCCGACAUUGGACCCUUAUAAUCGCUCGCAUUCAAAGGAAAAAUUCAAAAUUGGCAAUAUGGAGUGGACUCCCUCGUUGAAUGACGCAGACUACUAUAUCAGCACAUCAAACUCGAAUGACGUCAAGCUGAAAAACCUCGCCCCUGAGGAGUUGGCCAAGCGUACUCGGGAGUACAAGUUGGUCAAUAUCAAAGAUUGGCAAGAGUCUGCCAGGGGCAAUGUUUCAGAAGAGCAGUUGGGUGAAGAAUUAUCGACAAGCAAUAGCUCGCUGCAUUCAUCACAUAUUACUCACUCCAAUUUAAACUCAAACUCUAACUCCAAUUCGAACUUGGAAACUACACAUAAAGCUGGUCUUUAUGUGUUUUUGUUGCCCAUUUUGUUACCAGAACAUAUCCCUGCAUCAAUAGUAUCCAUAAAUGGGAGUUUAAUUCACACACUACUGAUUAAUUUCAACAAGAUUAGUGACAAGUUGAGUCGGAAAUUGAAAGUUGAUGCAUCUUAUAACCUCCCCAUGGUUCGAACACCACCAAAUUUUGCCAAUUCGAUUGCAGACAAGCCCAUUUAUGUUAAUAGAGUCUGGAACGACUCGGUCCACUACAUGAUUACAUUUCCAAGAAAGUAUGUGUCACUAGGUUCGGAGCAUGUCAUCAAUGUCAAGCUAGUUCCACUCGUCAAGGACGUGAUUGUCAAGCGAGUCAAAUUCAAUGUCUUGGAGAGAAUCACCUAUGUGUCGAAAAGCUUAUCCAAGGAGUACGACUACGAUAGCGAAGACCCAUAUUGUUUGCACCCAAGCAAAGAAGGCAAAGUUCGAGAAAGAGUGGUGUCCAUUUGCGAGUUAAAGACCAAGAGCAAGCAAUCGACAAGCUCGUUUGGCGACUCUUACAAGGAAGAAGUGGUCAAGUGCCCCGAAAAUAAUUUGCUCUUUUCGUGUUAUGAGCCUGAAUCUGAAGUGGAAAGACCGAAAACUGCUCGCAAAAAGCAAUCACAAUCAAAGCCUGCAGCAGAGAGAAUGAUUGCCUCGCCGUUGGACAUCAACAUUGCACUUCCAUUUUUAACGACAAAGAAUGACAAGGUUUCAGCCUCGUCGAAUCCAGACGAGGAAGAACAACUACUUAUACAACAACAGCAACAACUUGCGGCUCAGCUGACGCCUAGAAAAGCGUCGCUUGUUAAUGAAACGGGCCCAUCAGGCAAACCAAUGACGCCAUAUUCGCCCGUGAUUGGCGCCUUGGAAACGAAUUUGGCCAAUGUUGACGAGUUGGGUCCGCACGAAUUGGCCAAACCCAACUCAUCGAAUUUCUUAUCUGAUGACUUGUCCUUGAAACACACGCCUCCGGAAAAUAUUAAAAAUGGCUAUACACUUAUCGCGCGAGGAUUGUAUCCCGACUCGAACUAUCGCCACAUCCAGAUAAAUCAUCGGUUGCAAGUGUGUUUUAGAAUCUCCAAACCUGACCCAAAGGACCAUUACAAGAUGCACCAUUAUGAAGUUGUUGUGGACACGCCGUUGAUUUUGUUGAGCUCAAAAUGUAACGAGGGUUCAAUUCAGUUGCCCAAGUAUGAUGAACUUGAAGGGUUUGCCGGUGGUGAUGGUGUUGUGUUCAACACUCCAAACUAUAACCAUAACGGGGUAACUAUCCGCGAAUGGAAUCAAGGAGCAAAUAACGACGAUCCAUUGCCGACAUUUGAAGAGGCCACGUCUCCUGUUGCAACACCAUUAACGAGAACAUUUUCAAUCCCGGAGGACCCCUUGAGUCGCGUUCCCAGCAUUCCCAUGGUGAUGCCCGGGGAGCCAGCUCCAGCAUACGAGCAGCAUGACACGACGCACUUGGAUGAAGCAAGUAUGCGCCAUCACAGUUCUACGAUUGACGAGGUUAUCAACGUCAAGGGGCUGACCCCAGCACUGAGGAGAAGACAGUCAAGCAUCAGGGAAAGUUUAUCCCAUUCGCUUUUGCCCAACAAGGAAUUCAAGCCACGUCCAAUGUCGAAUCAUUCGAGUUCAUCCGACGACAGGAGUCUCGAAUCUGGAAGCUCGAACUCGGCACCAGAUGUCAAUGGAACUCCGGCUACUUCAAGUCUUCCCGAUUCCACCAGCAUCUCAAGCGCAAGCUUUGCUAUUGAAAGCGUCUUGAACGAAGCAACGGGUGGUGCCGGAGAGGAACUUGAUUGCCAAGAGCCCAUCGGUCCACUUCGAGAGGUGGAUGAGUGUGCUGUGAUUGACGACGACGACGAUGAUGAUGAUGAUGAUGGCGAUGAUGAUGACAACGACGACACCAACCUUAACGAUAAUAAUGAAGAACAUGAACAUGAAGACGACCAAGUUGAAGACACAGAAACAAGCUUGCUCGACAAUGAAUCAAAUGUUGACGCUGAUACAGAGGAUGGCGAUGAUGCGGAAGAAGUUGGCAGUCUCUUGACCCAGGAAGCCAAUUUUGUCCAGCGGCUUCCGCUACUCAAACAAAUGAGCACAGAUACCAUCCGCACGCAAGCUACAACUAUGAUGCACCACAGCAAUGCUGCUGCACAUCAUCAUUCACCACGCACUAAUAACGGCUCAUCUGACAACGUUUCAAUUUUCCCAACAAGCAGUAACAUCAGUACAUUUUAUAAUCCUCAAGACAUUCAAAAACUCAACUUUUAG